AUGCACUGGCGGCGAAAUCCAAGCGAAAGCCCUCCUACUAGUCCGAAUCCCGACCAAUCUAUUCAGAACAGGAAUGGAAAAGAAGAAAUCACUAUAAGGGUCGAAAACCGCCCAGUCAUCCGACGAGGCGCUGGAAAACGAAGCAAAUCCUACACCGAUGCAUAUAGAGCAAAGCGUGCCCUGUGCCGCAUCCUUCAUGAAAAGGGGUGGUCAGCCAGUGAUAUAACUCGGGAAACCGGCAUAACCGGAGGGACUGUCUACCCCGCCUUGAAGAAUGCUCUCGAGUUGGUUCGUAUGGUCGAUGGCAAACCUGUGCGACGAACUCAACUCGACCGCGACGACGUCACACAGGACGAAAAACUCGUCGACAAGGGGUUAUUAGCAUUUUUGACCGCAAACAAUGUCAAUACGUCUCGAGUGACCAAUGAAUGCGCCGAUGCCAGUUCUGAGUCGGAACAGGACCAAUCUGAACCGGAUUCAGCGCCUAAUCCUGCCAUAGCGAAAAAUCCCACGAACAGAACACUAACUGCUUCCGACCGAGCGUUAUGCCGAAUUCUCCACCGUCGUUAUUGGUCGUAUGAGCAGAUCGCCCGAGCUUUUGGAUACAGGCGACCAGGCAGCACUUCUCCGGUGUAUCGAGCGGUGAACUACUAUCCGAGCACAGACGAUAUCUCUCAAGACGAAAAUAUUGUUAGCAGGGCCAGACUUAGAGAGCUUAUUGCAAGAGAAGUCCUCCAUCCACCAGUGGGAAAAGGACCGCGUGUUCAUUAUGUCAACAAAUCGCAAGCAAAUACUUUGCGCCACUCGCCACACGGCAUAUCUGCCAGUCCCAGUCCGGAGGCGCAGUAUCCAGAAGAAAGAACUGGUGUCACGUCUCAAGCCUUUAGGCAGGUGCCUGGCCCAAGCUCAACCUACCCGAUUCAAACUCACUACUACACACACUACAACGCCCGUAACCCUCACGAUCGAGGAGCACAUACUAUCGACUAUUCGCUCAGGGAGUUCCUCGCCAACAUCCGACCCGAAAUUGAUCUGUCUAGUCAUCUUGCCUUGUUUCUCUAUCGAGGGGUUGAUACGAUUGUCAAACUGCGUGCGAUGAAAAACUGGGAGGAUGCAGAUCUCCGUGAAGCGUUGAAGGAUUGGUUCCAAAUCGGGCACUGGCGGCAGGGGUUAGCGGGAUUCGUCCCGCUCAGUGACUAUGAACUGCUGGCUUUGAGACAGGCAAUCCGAAAAUUGUAG